CCUUCAUAAAGGCGUGGUGGCGAUACUCCGCGGUCGCUGGCAGUCUAUGACAUCAGCCGGGCACGCCUGGGAUGCCGCCGCGGCCGGCCGGACUCGGCGCAGGAGGAGGGUCCCGCCGGCUAGGAGUCAGUUAGCCCCGCGCAGCGAGGGGGGAGCCGCCGGCUGCCUGGGGACACCAGUCUCGGCCGCCGGCCGCCGCGGUCCUCCCACCCAGGGGCGCUCCCGGAGAGUUGGAUGCGUUCUGGGUUGUUAGCGGCGCUCCGCUGGGCUCCCGGGAGCCCGUUCCUGGUGGAAAACAGGGGGCGUCUGGCCAAGGGACCAGCGGCUCGUUGAGGCUCAACAUGACACUCCUGGGGUCUGAGCAUUCUUUGCUGAUUAGGAGCAAAUUCAGAUCAGUUUUGCAGUUACGACUUCAGCAGAGGAGGACCCAGGAACAGCUGGCCGGACAAGGCAUAACACCACCACUGAAAAAUCCAACUGAGUUCCAUGAGCAAAGAAAACAUUUGGAUAGUGACAAGACUGAAGACUCCCUCAAGCACAAGGUCAGAAACAGGCCCCACCGCGCGGACGUGGUUAAUAUGCACAUACUCCAAGGCUCCACUGCUGAGAGAUCCAUCCCAACCGCUCAGAUGAAGCUAAAAAGAGCCCGUCUCGCGGAUGAUCUCAAUGAAAAGAUCGCCCUCCGGCCGGGGCCACUGGAGCUGGUGGAGAAGAACAUACUCCCCGUGGAUUCUGCUGUGAAGGAGGCCAUAAAAGGUAACCAGGUGAGUUUCUCCAAAUCGGCAGAUGCAUUUGCCUUCGAAGAGGAUAGCAGCAGUGACGGGCUUUCUCCAGACCAGGCUCGGAGCGAAGACCCCCAGGGAUCAGCGGGAUCCCCUGCAGACACGAAAGCCUCAGAGACCCCUUUGGCAGGUCCUCUGGGGCCCGUCCAGGAUCAUUCUUCUGGCUCCGAAAAUGACAGGAAAGACUCAGCCUCCCAGCCCAGCAGCCAGUCAGACACAGGGAAGCAGGGGCUCGGCCCUCUUGGCAACCCGAUCACUGUGCACGCUGCCGUAAAGUCCAAGUCCUUGAGCGACAGUAAGAACCGCCACAAAAAGCCCAAGGACCCCAAGCCCAAGGUGAAGAAGCUCAAAUACCACCAGUACAUCCCGCCGGACCAGAAGGCAGAGAAGUCCCCGCCGCCCAUGGACUCGGCCUACGCCCGGCUGCUCCAGCAACAGCAGCUCUUCCUGCAGCUCCAGAUCCUGAGCCAGCAGCAGCAGCAGCAGCACCGGCUCGGCUACCCGGGGAUUCACCAAGCUCAGCUCAAGGAGCCAAAUGAACAGAUGGUCAGAAAUCCAAACUCUACUUCAACACCACUGAGCAAUACCCCUUUGUCUCCUGUCAAAAACAGCUUUUCUGGACAAACUGGCGUCUCUUCUCUCAAACCUGGCCCGCUGCCAUCAAACCUAGAUGAUCUGAAGGUCUCGGAAUUGAGACAGCAGCUCCGAAUCCGGGGUCUGCCCGUGUCAGGCACCAAGACGGCCCUCAUGGACCGGCUGAGGCCCUUCCAGGACUGUGCGGGAAACCCCGUGGCCAACUUCGGGGACAUCACGACCGUCACCUUUCCCGUGACGCCCAGCGGCGCGCUGCCCGGCUACCAGUCGUCCCCGUCCGCCGGCGCCCUGUCCAACGGCUUUUAUCACUUCGGCAGCACCAGCUCCAGCCCACCGAUCUCGCCCGCCUCGUCCGACCUGUCGGGAGCGGGGUCCCUGCCCGACACCUUCAACGACGCGUCCCCGUCCCUCUGCCUGCACCCGUCGCCGGUGCACGCGUGCGCCGAGGAGAGCCUGCUGGGCGGCCUGGGCGGGGGCUCGCUGGCGCCCGAGCCGGACGGGCGGGACUCGGAGAAGGACAAGAUGCUGGUGGAGAAGCAGAAGGUCAUCAACGAGCUCACCUGGAAGCUGCAGCAGGAGCAGCGCCACGUGGAGGAGCUCCGGAUGCAGCUGCAGAAGCACAAGAGGGCCGGCGGCCCCGAGAAGCCGCCGCCCUUCCUGGCCGUCCCCAUCAAGCAGGAGGACGCCGUGCCCAGCUGCCCCUUCGCGCCGCAGCAGAGACCCGGGAAGAGGCAAGGCCAGGGGGCCGAGGGCCAAGUGCAGGCGGGCGAAGCGGCCGGGCGCCGGCCCCUGGGGCCUGCUCCCUGCGCCGAGGCCUCGGGCCACAGCGACGCGCUGCCUUCCACCUUCCUGAGCCCCCAGUGCUCCCCGCAGCACUCGCCGCUGGGCGCUGUCAAAAGCCCGCAGCACAUCAGUUUGCCCCCGUCACCCAACAACCAUUACUUCCUGCCCUCCUCCUCGGGCGCCCCGGGGGAAGGGCACAGGAUCUCCUCACCUGUCAGCCAGGUGUGCGCUGCACAGAACUCAGGGGCGCACGAGAGCCAGCCUGCGAGCUUCAGUCCCCAGCCCUCCAGCCUCCACCCCCCUUUCUCUGGAGCCCAGGCAGACAGCAGUCAUGGUGCUGGGGGCACCCCUCGUCCCAAAAGCCCAGGGGUCCAGCAAAAGAUGGCUGGUUUACACUCUUCUUCUGAGAAGACGGGGCCAAAGUUCUCCAUUCCAUCUCCAACAUUUUCCAAGUCCACUUCAACCGUUCCAGAGAUAACCCAGCCUCCGUCCUAUGAAGAUGCCGUCAAGCAGCAAAUGACUCGGAGCCAGCAGAUGGAUGAGCUCCUGGACGUCCUCAUUGAAAGUGGAGAAAUGCCAGCUGAUGCUAGAGAUGAUCAUUCGUGUCUUCAAAAAGUCCCCAAGAUACCUGGGUCUUCCCGAAGCUCCCCAGCUGCCCUGCCCAAACCCUCCUCUUCGGGGGGCCACCUCUCCUUCGAUCACUACGGCGCCGACAGUGAUGAGCACCUUGAAGUCUUACUAAACUCCCAGAGCCCCUUAGGGAAGGUGGGCGAUGUUGCCCUGCUGAAAAUCGGGAGUGAAGAGCCUCCUUUCGAUGGGAUAAUGGAUGGAUUCUCUGGGAAGGCUGCGGAAGACCUGUUCAGCACCCAUGAGAUCUUGCCAGGCCCCCUGUCCCCAAUGCAGACUCAGUUCUCCCCCUCCUCCGUGGACAGCAGUGGGCUACAGCUAAGCUUCACUGAGUCUCCUUGGGAGACCAUGGAGUGGCUGGACCUCACGCCACCAAGCUCCACGCCAAGCUUUAGCUCCCUCGGCACGGGCGGCCCCAGCAUCUUCAACAUUGAUUUCCUGGAUGUCACGGAUCUCAAUCUGAAUUCCCCCAUGGACCUCCACUUACAGCAGUGGUAGACUGCCUGGGCAGAGGCGCUAAGGGAGGCCAGUGGGGAUUUCACGGGGGGAAAAACACACAAUCCCCAAUGUACUCCUAUCGUCCAAAAAGAGGAGGAGGGAAUUGCAAAGAAACAGUGGAGAUGUCUGUGACCAGCAACGAGAGCAAAUCGCAGUCAGUUACUCUCAAUGAUUUCAGCAAUGCAUUCAGAGAUGUGCUUUCUCAGAUCAGAAAUGCCAAAAAGAAAAAAAAAAAUUCACUGCCUUUUCGAAUACCAAUAUUUUUGUAGCCCAUGAUUUUUCUCGGGCAUUGUCCGGGCAUAGUCUCACAUCAUGGAAGCCUCUCUCAUGGGUUUAUUAGACACAGUGCGGAAUGGAAGUGGGGCUCUUCUGGGGUACAGGGACUCUAGCAUAACCAUCAGCGUUUCUGGAGAGUAGACCCAUGGUGGAGGCUGCUUCCCAGCCUCCCUCCCUGUCUUUAAACAGAAAUCAGGCCCCUCUUAGGUUCUCGAGGUAGGAGAGAGGAACAGAACCCAUCCAUUCCCAGGGAAAUAGAAUCAACUCGGCCUCAAAGCUACCCUCUUGAGGUGGUUCCAGUCCAGGAACCCGGGACUAUUUGGUCACAGCUAACGAACCCACAUUUGGUCCACAGAACCCCACUGAGAAUUUCCCUCUUGGUCAACCAGUCACCAGGUCACUCCUGCUGUCUCCAUGGUCAUAAACACCAUGAAACAGCUGAGAACCUUAAAGCAAACAAAACCCCAAACUUCUUGCCAUGGAAGGUUCCCCAACACAACCCCCUUUAGUUUCAAGGACUGGAGGUGACCCCGUGAGCAGUUGGGAAGGCUAUCUCUAGCUUCAGGAAGCCGUACCAGGGAUCAUUCAGACAGUGCUAGAAACCCUUGUUUCAUAUGUCAUGAGAAUAAAUACCAGGGGUUCCUACAACAGGUUGAUGAUUUAUGGGGGUCCAGCUAUUUUGGGGGGAAGGGACUUGGGGGUCCACCUCCAUUUUUCUUUCUCCCACUUUUCUUUCAAAAUACCAAUCUUUUCUUGCUCCUCUUUUGAAACGUUUUUUUCUGCCCCAACAUCAAGAGGACUCCUUAGCUCUCAAAAGCUGCCACAUUCCUAAUAAAGCCAUAUUUUGAAAAGACCAAACUCCAGGUUCUCCCAGAGAACACAUUUUCCAUAUAGCAUCAUUUGCUGGGGGGGGGGGGCAAAAGAAUGUCCUUGGAGGGGGAAAAAUACAAACAAACUGGCGACAUGGCCCAUCACCCCCAAACCUUGUUCCGCUCUCAUUUUAUAUAGCAAUCAGUGAUUUGGGUGGUUUGGGGGAAAUUGGAAAUCACUACGUUGUAAAGAUAGAUCUGAAUGAUAUUUGCGAGGAGAGAGGAUGGCAGGUCUGGGCCGGUGAAAAGAAACACAGUUGCACAUGGAAAAAGGAGGGAAAGAAGAAAAAUAAUGGUCUCCCGCGCCUCCCUCGUUACCUCGUGCUUUUGCGGGAAGUCGAAACACUCGAAGGGCAGGACGGUCUCUCUCACGUUCACUGUGGCUCCACCGUUUCGUUAGUGCAUGCCGUAGAGAGUAGCUAUUGCUGGUUGGUUGGUUGGUUUGUUGUUGUGUUGUUUAAUUUAAAUCACUUAAGGCACUGUUUUCUUCUUUUGUAAAAAAAAAAAAAAGAAAGAAAAAAAGAAAAAGAAAAGAAAAAAAAAAGAAAUAUUCACUGUGCACUUACGGAGAAGAUAACCAAAAACAUUGUGAUUCUAGAAGUUCUCUUUUUGAUAAACCAAAGAUUUUAGAAGUCAUUCCAUUGUUAGCUUGUAAACAUGUGUGAACACAGAGUGUUUUGGGGGACCGCUACUCUGAAACGCUGGCAGAUCUAAGGUGGGGGGUAGAGGUGCAUAUGUGUGUAGACAUAUGCAUGUCUGUAUCCAUGCCAUGUGUCUGUGUCUCUACACGAUGUUACAUGUACACAGUGUUACAGAGCAUUCUCUACCCAAAGCCCUUAAGCCCCAGCUUGAUGUGAAAUGAUACUUGGCCUUUCUUACUAUGAGUUCCUGAUUCAUCAACAGACCCCACAUUGCCUCUCUGUGUAUGACUGACAGCUCGAGCCCCGUGACUCACGGCCACUUGCUCACCAUGGCCAUGCUCAUCUUGACAAGGACUAUGGACGUGAAGAGACACAACAGCUUCACCCUUAGCUGCCGGGAACGGUGAACACCGUCUCUCGUAGGAAAGCAUCAGAGGGACACGAAGACCGUUCUGACAUUCCUUGAUCAGCACCCUGCUUUGAGAGAUCCACACUGUACUUUUUCUUUUUUUUUCUUUCCAUUUUCUCUUAUGUCAGUCAUCAGAACCAGGAGCUGAGAGGGAAGCGUUACCCGUCUUUCCUGGGAAGGAGAAAACUCUUACUAACACAUUCCUCACUUUUGUUGGUCCCGAAGAUGUUGACAUUUUAUUAGGAUCUGGACGAAGCUUGCCAGUCAGUACCUUUAUCAUGUGCCAUGUUGUACGACUUUAUGUUAUUUUUGCGCCCUUGCCGCCUUUGGAAAACAAACUCACAGGGUCCCCUACUCGGGCUAUUUCCAGCAGAAGGACUGGCCUUGGUUGGGAGGCCGCUGUGCUUUGUUAAGAUGGUGCACUUGUCUGGAGACGCCGGUAGGAUGUUACCAGCACUGCACACUCAUCACAGAGCAGACCCCUGGAUUCCUGGUCUCAGCCCCCUCCCACAGGCCCCGCACACCGAUUCCCUCUCUCUCUCCCCAUCUGUCAGAUGCGGCACUUAACGGUAUAAAACUAGGGAUACCUGGAAGAAACUCGGAGAAGUCGGCUGCACCGAGUGAAUCAGACCACGCUAAGUCAUCUAUCUGCUAGCGGGAGUUUUUAUUUUAAGUACUUUUUAAACCGUUGAGUGCGUCCUCUUUUCUGGAGACCAGUGGGGCGUGACUAGGGGGAUGCGCGGAGACGACUGAAGGUGGCCACGUUCCAGCUUCUUCACACUCUCAGAGCUGCAAGGAGCCGCAUGUGGUUUUCUCCAGAUUUCUGGGACUCCCGUGGUGACGCAGGCCCCACAGAGUUCGCAGCCAACCCCAAUGUCGCUGCGGCCGCGUGGGUUCGCGCUUACUCAGCAGAGUCAGAAAAUGCAUCUGUGCACAUGCUCUCCUUAAGCGAGCGGUCAUUCGUAGUAGCCCUGCUUCUAACAAUAUCAUUGAGACGGCACGCGUUCUGUUUUAAGGAGGAGAGGGAGGGGGAGAGGACAGAAGGGAGGGGAGGAAGAAAGGAAGGAAGGAAGAAGGAAGGAAGGGAGAGAGAGAAGGAGCAAAAGAGGGAGGAAAAGAAAGAGGGAAGCCAAGAGAGUCUCCGUCUGAAUAGUCACGGGUCUCUGCACUGGUGGCCUUUGCCAUUCAAAGACAUUUCUUUCUGAUCUGGAAAAACAAACCAACAAACAAAACCCUUUCCCAAUGAUUUAAGACAGUCCUUUUCAAGAUCCGUUUAAACUCCACCAACUCUUCAGAAACACACACAGACCUGGCUGAAACUCCCACAUCAAGUCAACUCACCCCGUGGGCCAUUCCUUGACAUCUGGUCUGCGGCGAGCACACCGAUUCCCAGAUGUCCACCACUAAUCGGACGAGGUGUACCCACGGUUCAGGUUCUGGGACUUGAGCUGUGGUUCCUACAAGCAAGAGCACUUGGAAUCUCCCAGUCCUCAAAUCAGAAACCCUUUGCUAUGAUUUAAAAAAAAAAAAAAAAAAAAAAAAAAGGUGUGGAGGAUGUAGUCUUCAUUUUUCUGGUCCCUGUCUUUGACUUUACAAGCUCUCUCUGCAAAAGGGACACUUGGGGUGGGGUAGGGGUGCCCACUGUAAGCCAGGCCCCUUAGGAGAAGAGCAAUCAGCCCCCCCCCCCUUGAUUCCUCCCAGUGGGAAGCCCACAAAGGCGGGCACACCGUUUGCUGUCAAAGAUGAGUCAACUCAGAAUAAAAAGAGUCUGGGGGUCUUCAUUCUCUUGUAGUUCUCCUACAAAUCUCCUAUAAAUCCAGAUGGUCCUAUAGUUCUGGGAACUGUUCAGGUUGUGUUAGGGAAGCUGACUUUGAUUCUAGAAUCCACAUUUCCGGAGGACUCCUGGCUAGCUUGAGACGAUGCACAAGAAGACGAUUUCAAGACAGGGAAAGACCUGGGAAGAAUUUCUCUACCCUCUACCAGGGAAAUUGUAAGAGGACUCACUAGGGUCAACAACAUAGAAGUAAUGAUUCUGCUUCUAGGAUCUGGUGAUUUCCCCAGUGGAUUAGGACCAACAAACUCCUGAACAUCUCAUGCUUCUUUAAUCACCAGCUCCCAUCAUGGACACUGGUCACCCGAGUUUCCUCUACGAAUGGUUUAACAGCUCCAAAGUGUUUAUGGAAAGAGGGAGUAUAAUGAUGGGGAACUUGGAUGCUAUUCUAGUGUUUUCCAAAGGAAGAGAAAGCACCCUGCUCCCUAGAGUUCCCCUCCAGAGGGCCUACAGUGAGGAAAAAGGGUGCUUGAAGCCCUUUGAUGGAGAAACCCAAAGACAUACUUUGCAAAGAAAUCAGAAAAGCCGGCAUAUGUUUUCUGGGGGGAGCUGUGUGUUGUGUUCACGUCUGUCUCCCUUGCUCAACUAUCCAUUACCAGAAAGAAAGGUGGAUUACCAGGAAAAGAAGCAAUGGCUAAAGUACCAAAGUUGGCAUGUGUUCUUUUAAAAAAAUAUAUAAAUAUAUUUUUAAAUAAAAUGUUUAUUUUGAAAAA